UCGUCUUCAUCGUCAUCAUCUGCUCCUGUGAGCCGCUCAAAUUGGUCAACUAAAGCUCUAGAAAGAUGGGUAUGGUGGUGGUGAUAUCUCUGCCUCUGAUUCUCUUCUACUUAAUUCUGGGUUUGGGAUGCUAUUUCCUGGGAAGAGCCAGAGGCAGACAAGAUAUAAAGACGCAUCCUCAAGUCUUCGGUGUGCCCCCCACUCCUCCUAAUUCUUUUCCUCCUCAUUCGCCUCCUCCAACUCACCAUUCAAAGCCAGACAACGCUGAUAAUGUUUGAUCCAAUCAAUAAUUUCCUCUUUCGUAUACUUUAUGGUGUUUGUGUGGGUCGGUGAUCCCUUUUCUUUUGGAGAGAUAUCUUCUUUGUUUGAUGGUUGUGUGGUAUCGGUUUUAAUUGAGUACAAUAUGUACGGCAUUUGAGAUUCGGUUUUAUUUAGUUAAUCGCCUAUUUAGUGUUCCAUGAUGACAAAGGAGGGAACCAAAAGAAAUUCCCCAUAUAUGUUUUGGGAUGCUGUUGGAUUUGAUAUGCUCUGUUUCAUGUAUGAUUUCAAAGAUGUUGACGAAUUGCUGGAA